GUGCCCUUGCCCCCGACAAUGCCUCCAGGCGGGACGGCGAGGACAGGGUGGAACGGCCUGCCUCCUGGAGCCAAUAAAAGCAGCGGGUUCCUGGUCCGAUCCCCGGAGCGGCUCGCCAUUGGUUGCCAUCCGUAUCUCGGCCCACCGAACCUUCCCGACCCGAGCCAAUCGCGAGAGGGCGAAGAGCACUCUAGCCCCAUCCCUGGCGCUUUGGGAACUGAGGCGGGCGCGGGAGGGUGCGGAGCGGGUGGUGGUGACUGGCGGUGCCAGCCGGCAUCCCCUCCCGACGCGGUGCGCCGCGUGCUCCACCAUGGAGCCCGCCGUGUCGCUGGCCGUGUGCGCGCUACUCUUCCUUCUCUGGGUCCGCGUGAAGGGGCUGGAGUUUGUGCUCAUCCACCAGCGCUGGGUGUUCGUGUGCCUCUUCCUCUUGCCGCUGUCGCUCAUCUUCGACGUCUACUACUACGUGCGCGCCUGGGUGGUGUUCAAGCUCAGUAGCGCGCCACGGUUGCACGGGCAGCGCGUGCGGGACAUCCAGAAGCAGGUGCGGGAAUGGAAGGAGCAGGGCAGCAAGACCUUCAUGUGCACAGGGCGCCCCGGCUGGCUUACGGUCUCACUGCGGGUUGGGAAGUACAAGAAGAUACACAAAAACAUCAUGAUCAACCUGAUGGACAUUCUGGAGGUGGACACCGAGAAACAGGUUGUCCGUGUGGAGCCCUUGGUGACCAUGGGUCAGGUGACUGCCCUGUUGACCUCCAUUGGCUGGACUCUACCUGUCUUGCCCGAGCUUGAUGACCUCACAGUGGGGGGCUUGAUCAUGGGCACGGGCAUCGAGUCGUCGUCCCACAAGUAUGGCCUGUUCCAGCAUGUCUGCACUGCCUAUGAAUUGGUCCUGGCUGAUGGCAGCUUUGUGCGAUGCACACCGUCAGAAAACUCAGACCUGUUCUAUGCUGUUCCCUGGUCCUGUGGGACCCUGGGCUUCCUGGUGGCCGCCGAGAUCCGCAUCAUUCCCGCCAAGAAGUAUGUCAAGCUGAGAUUUGAGCCAGUGCGAGGCCUGGAGGCCAUCUGUGACAAGUUCACCCAUGAGUCCCAGAGGCUGGAGAACCACUUCGUGGAAGGACUGCUCUACUCCCUGGAUGAGGCCGUCAUCAUGACAGGGGUCAUGACGGACGAGGCAGAGCCCAGCAAGCUGAAUAGCAUUGGCAAUUACUACAAGCCUUGGUUCUUCAAGCACGUGGAGAACUACCUGAAGACAAACCGAGAGGGCCUGGAGUACAUUCCCUUGAGACACUACUACCACCGCCAUACGCGCAGCAUCUUCUGGGAGCUGCAGGACAUCAUCCCCUUUGGUAACAACCCUGUCUUCCGCUACCUCUUUGGUUGGAUGGUGCCUCCCAAGAUCUCCCUCCUGAAGCUGACCCAGGGCGAGACGCUGCGCAAGCUGUACGAGCAGCACCACGUAGUGCAGGACAUGCUGGUGCCCAUGAAGUGCCUGAUGCAGGCUCUGCACACCUUCCACGAGGACAUCCACGUGAGCCAGGGCAGGGUCUACCCCAUUUGGCUGUGCCCGUUCAUCCUGCCCAGCCAGCCUGGCCUGGUGCACCCCAAGGGAGACGAGGCGGAGCUCUACAUAGACAUUGGAGCAUAUGGGGAGCCACGUGUGAAACACUUUGAAGCCAGGUCCUGCAUGAGGCAGCUGGAGAAAUUCGUCCGAAGCAUGCAUGGGUUCCAGAUGCUAUACGCAGACUGCUACAUGAACCGGGAGGAGUUCUGGGAGAUGUUUGAUGGCUCCCUGUACCACAAGCUGCGGAAGCAGCUCGGUUGCCAGGACGCCUUCCCCGAGGUGUACGAUAAGAUCUGCAAGGCCGCCAGGCACUGAGUGUGAGCUGCCUGGAAGGAGACAGACAUGGGUGGGCCCUGUCCCCAGGGCCAGUAGGCACCUUCCCUUCACUCGCACUAGGUUGCCCUCCCAGAUGCACGCUUUUAGAAGAAACCCCUCCAGCACUCCCACCCAGACAGCACCAAGAGCCAGCUCCCAGCCCCCAGGGCCCGUCGAGUGGAACGGAGGGGAUGUGGGAUUUGGAGUCAGACAAACCUGACUGUCCAGCUCCCAGUUCAGGCACUCCUUUAGCUGUGUGACUCAGUGAGUCGCUCACCGCCUCUGAGCCAGCUCUUCAUCUGGCAAAACGGGCAGCAGUAUCUGCCUGCAGGUGUUGUCACUUAAGCCCUGUGCCUAUCGCUUUGGAGGCGCUGAGUAAGGGGAGCUGUUAUGGGAGCUUCCCGUUCAGCAUCACCUCUGACUACAGUGCUUUGGAUUCGGUGGUUGGGGCAGAAGGCCCACGUUAGGUCACCUGGGCACAAGUUUGGCGGGAAUAAUAAGGGAAUGCCCCAGGGUUGCACUGCCAUUGUUUCAGUCAGCCAGAAGAGCUCCUCACUGAGGGAAGGAAGGUUCCUCUCCAUCCCAGGGGCCUCAAGGAGGCGACCGAUGGGGUAGGUAGGCCCAAGGUGUGCUGUGCCAAAGCUAAGUCCAAUUCCAAAGUUCUCUCUGCCGUCCUUGGUGACUUCCUGCCCCUUCCUCCUUCCUACUCAGGCUUGCAGCCCCACCCCAGCCACUACCCAAGUUGACUCAAAGGACUGUGUUCCCUGGAGAAGACAUUUCAGGGUUGAAUCCUGUCUGGCCCAGAACCCAGACACAUGCCCAGGGGGAGUGAGUGGUUUCCCCUCUGAAUUGGAUCCAGAGGAUCUGGGCUGACUCUUUUCUCUCCAAACAACCCUCCAUACCUCUUGUCAUGGUGGCAUGUGUCCACACUGCUCUGCGGCAUGGUGGGCCAUACCAAGCCGGAAAAUGGAGCCCGCCUUAGUUAGGUUUCCUGAGGAUUUUCACUGUGGGGCUGAAAGAGUAUCAGCUUGAUUUCUCCAACCACUCAUCCCAUUCCUUUCUCCCCCACCCACCUCUAGUUAAUUUCAGUGCCUUAUAAAUCCUGAACUCAGAGAAAAUUAGCUCCGUUUCUGUUCAAAGGGAGGGAGGCCUCCCUAGGUUCUUCCAACUUAUUAAAACUUGGUUGUUUAUGCAAUUCCAUCUGAAGAACUGGCCAGCUUCAGCUGAAAACCCGGAAUCUAAGGGGGGAAUUGUGUCAUGUAAGGAAAGCUGGGGUUAAGUGAGCCAUGUCAGGCAGGGGCAUCCUGAGAGGGAGAGUGAGCACCCUACCAGGAGGCAGGAGACGGUGCUAGUCCCUGCACUCUUGCUAGUGUGUUGUGUGACCAUGGCCAAGUCACUUGUCCCUCUGAACUGCAGUUUGCUCAUCUUACACCGGUACAGACAAGACUUCCCACGACCUUACAGCUGUAGAAGUGCAUGGCUGUCCUAGACACCGUGGUUGCAAAACCUGUAAAAAGCCUCACCGGUGUGGAAAGUUAGGAAAAAUAAAUGAUCCAGGUAUACGCCUGGGAUUGUCUGUCAUUUAAGGUCCUUCCUUCACCCAAGGCCAGCUCUCAUCUCAUUUUUAGAAAGGUGCAUCUGUAACUUGCUGGAAAAUGUCUGAUCACUGCAGGUUGCCAGAAUCCUCAGUCACAUUUACUGACAGUGGUCUGGGUGCAUUCAUGUCUCUCAGAAAGUAAAGGAACCCCCCUUGCCCAUUUGGCCUCUGGAAGGGGCAUAAGAAUAAACCUCAUUCUCUA